AUGCAGGCUCAGACUCAGUUCACCACCAUCGAUCGCCUCGACCGGCCUAGUGCCUACUUCACGUCUAAGAAGAAGGGUCGCUAUAGUCGCGAUGGCGAGUCUCAGGAGCCAAAGAAGGACGAUCCUCUAAAGGACGCAACCACGCUAUAUGUCGGCAAUCUCUCAUUCUACACAACGGAAGAGCAGAUACAUGAGCUCUUCUCAAAGUGCGGCGAGGUAAAGCGACUAGUCAUGGGGCUUGAUCGCUUCAACAAGACACCCUGUGGAUUCUGCUUCGUUGAGUACUACACCCAUCAGGACGCAUUGGACUGCAUGAAAUACAUUGGAGGGACGAAACUGGACGAGAGACUCAUCCGAUGUGAUCUUGAUCCAGGCUUUGAGGAGGGACGUCAGUAUGGUCGAGGCAAAUCUGGAGGUCAGGUGCGUGACGAAUACCGAGACGAGUACGACCCUGGAAGAGGUGGCUAUGGACGGUUCUACGAUGGGAAGGAAGGCGAAGACCGAUGA